AUGACACCUGACGGAAACCCCAGACGCGUUAGCCCCACGCAGAUCUACUGGUUUUACCCCAACGUCAUAGGCUACGUGCGCGUCUUUUUGUCCCUCGGUUCCUUCGUCAUCUUGGGCAACUACCCUGGCCUCUUCCUCACGUUUUACACGCUCUCCUUUGUGCUGGACGCAGCGGACGGGAUAGUGGCGCGAUACAUGGAUCAGUGCUCAAACUUUGGGGCCAUUUUCGACAUGCUGACAGACCGCGCCUCCACCGCCGGCCUCCUUCUGGUGUUGAACCACGUGGUGCAGCCCAUGCCCGAUUGCUUUACGACGUUGUGUGCCUUUCUUGUCUUUCUGGAUGUGGCGUCACACUUCUGUCGCAUGUACGUUAGCCUCUUUCUGCGUAAAGAGUCGCACAAGGACGUCUCGGAAAGCACAUUUUACUUGCUGAGGCUGUAUUACUCAAACCGCAAUGUGAUGGGGGCCUUUUGCGUUGGGCAGGAGUUUUCGUACAUUCUCCUGUACGCGUACUGGAUGUAUCGCGAGGUGACGUGGGUGCAGACGAUCACGCUUCCACUGUUGAUUGUGAUGGGCGCCCUGAACGCGAUGAAGCAGGUGGUGAAUGUGCAGCAGUUGCUGGAUGGCAUGUACCACCUUGCCGUGCUGGACGCCAAGGAGCGGGAGGAGUGUGGAAAGAAGCAUUGA